AUGACGUCAAAUGCGAGUUUCUCGCAUCUUGUCCCACGUUUAGAAAUUCAAACCGAUACGACAGAAAUGACACAACAAGAACAUGAGCUUCGAACACGGGUACAAGCUGUUGCUAGACGACGACGACCAUCAGAUGACGGAGAUGGGAGUGAAAGUCAUCGCUCGAGUCUUGUGUCCCAUCAUUCCCAUACUUCAGCACAAUCGGCUCCUGCUACUGAUUGGAUUUAUCGUUCACAUCAGACGUUACAUUCAGGACCAAGUCUCCGUCCAGUAAAACAAUCAAGUUUUCGUGAUCAAUUUGAUGAAGAACGAUGUAGUCUCCCAACACUUGAUAGCUUUGAAUCAAGUCGAUCUCGUCGACCAAAAGAGAAAACAACGUUCUGGAAACAGAAAGAGACGAGCAAAAGUCCAGUACCAGCAUAUUAUGUACCUCAAUCACCGGCAUAUACUGUACCUCCAAAUCGAUCAAAAUCGGGUACAUCUCAUCUAUCCGAACGAAAAGGAGCGGUGAUUACUGAAGUAGGAGAAACAAAUCUUGUUCUUCCUAUGUUUAAAACAGAUCAAGUGGGACAAUUCUCUUCAGACACUCAAGUAAACCAUGGUGCGAAAACACCAUUUGAUGCUUUGCAGUAUUAUACACAAACAGCGCCUCAUGUGUCCAUUGAAGAAGCUCAAAAAUACACGUUUGCGAUUGUAUUAAAACAUACGGAAGAGAUUUUUCAGCUUUUAAAACGUCGUUUUCCUUCUCGUUCAUCGGCAUCCAUUCGACGUGAAUUACCAGAACAAGUGAGUGCAUUACAACAAAAAUGUGUACGACGAUUGAUUCAAGCAGGACUUGGGGUGGUUUUAUUGGAUAAUGCAUUGUACGACAGUUAUUUGGACGAUCAACGUGGGAUUCAUCAUAAACCAAGUGAGAAAGAAGAUAGUGGACGCAAUUUAUGUAUUCUUGUGGAUCCCAAGAAAAAUCCAGAUUUACUCUUACAUGAGUUCAAACGUGAAUUGGAUGAAUUGUCGAUUAAACGAGGAGAUGCACUUGGUCGAUUAGCUGAAGAAUCCCUUGAUUCAAUCAAAGAAAUGUGUUUCUCACCGGCUCUUGAAUUGCAAUUGACGCACAAUAUUAUUCAAAAUGCAUUUAAAGAUUAUGAUAAAGAAGAAUGGGUCAUUGAUGUGAAUAAAGAAUUGACUGUACGUGAUGUGAUUAUCGAAUGUUUUCCACUGCAUGAUCGUGCGUUUAAUAAAAAGUUUUUCGAUGAAUAUCGAAAACGAACGUUUGAGCUGAAUUUACGUAAAGCUGCUGCGGGAAAUAGCGAUCGAUGGGCUGUGGAAGAAUUACGGCUACACUUUGGCGAGCGUGUGGCGUUUUUAUUUGCUUUUAUGCACAUUUAUACCAAACAUCUUUUACCAUUAACUGUCGCGUGUCUCUUUUACUACUUAUGUUUUCGCUUUUCAUCCACUCCACGUUGGCGACAAUACAUGGAAGGACUUGCAGUUAUUGGGGUCUCAGUCGUUUGUUUCUGGGGUCCAUCUUUUCUUGUGUGUUGGGCUCGAGAAACUCGUUUACUAGUGGAGAAGUGGAACUUAGCUAAGUAUCAAAACACAGUUUAUGAACGCAAUGAUGAUAAUCCAGGCUUUAAGUACGUAUGGGUAAAGAAUCAAUUGACGCACGAGAUGGAAAAGGUUCCUAAACAGCGAAAAAAUCACUGGAUCCAACUCACGAUGCUUUUCUUUGUACUUACUUGUGCAGUGAUUCAAUGUUUAUGUCUCGUACCUUUCAUUCAAUGGUAUGUGUACGCAAAAAAUGCACCCACAUGCGAUGCGUGCAAUGGUGAUUCAGAAGAAUCGUAUCCCUGCAUCUGGUUCGUAACGUGUUUUAACUCAACCACGUCAGCAUUAGGAACAGAUCGAUGGGUCUACAUCUUGCUUCAAGGGAUUCUUUUGGGUCUUUUAAUUGAUAUAAUAUUCUUUGAAUUGUUCAAUUGGAUGUCUGAAAAGUUUGUUCAAUGGGAGAAUUACGCAAAAAAGUCGGAUCAUGAAAAUCGUUUAAUUCAUCGACGCUUUGUAUUUGUUUGGAGCAAUUGGUUCUUUUGGUUUCUCUUUAUUUCGUUUGUCUAUAUGCCAUUUGGUGACAAGAUUCUUAAACUGUUUCAUCAAAUGGGUCUUGGAGCGAUGGCACCGUAUGAAUGGAAUCCAAAUUUAUUGACACUUGAUACACUGUUUGUCACACCUCUUGUAGUGACGCAAUUUCUAAAUAUGGUUCUUGAAACUAUUGCCCCCUAUCUUUUACGAAAACUGCGUGGUCGUCCAUCUAUUGGAUGUCGUCAAGCAUCCGUUUUAAACUAUUGUUCACGUCAUUUUUCCCGUCGAUUUCGCUUUGUCAAAGCUUCAAAACAACAAGUGACGAUACAAGAGACAGCAAGUACAAGUCAAAGUAGCCAAUUAAAUUAUUCUGAACGGAAAGACAAGAACGAACAUGUUGUGAAUUUAACUGCCACGCGACUUGCUCACUAUGUACAGAAAGAUACUGGUUUUCAUGUUCAAGUUUUGCCCAUGUCGGACGAUUCAAAUAAAUAUUCGGCAUAUGAGAUUCUUGCGGAAGCAAAAUUACCAAUUUUUGAUCCCAUGCUUGAUUAUCUCGACGCGUGUAUUCAAUUUUCGUACGUGAUGAUGUUUACUGUCGUAUGGCCUUUGUUACCGUUUCCAGCAUUUUUUAACAAUAUCUUAGAAGUUCGUGGAGAUGCUUUUCGACUCUUAUUUGCUAAUCGUCGUCCAAUGCCUCGACGUGAUACAUCGAUUGGCGAGUGGGCAACUGUUUUAGCAUAUGCAAACAUUGUAGGGGUGACGGUUGUCUCUGCUUUUGUCGUUGUCUACCAUUAUGGAUUUUUCGUCACGAAUUGUAAUUUUACAUUCACAGCAGCUUAUGUCGUACCUUUUGGUACAAUUGAACCAAACGAAACGAUUGAUCCUAGUGCAUGUGUGAAUGAAAGUGGUUCAUCGCGAUGGCGUAUGUUUCAAAUUGUUUUGUUUGUUGUAUUGGAACAUGUCAGUUUUUGUAUGCGGUACUUGGUCUUGCAAUUUGAAAAGACACCAUCUUCCAUUCGUAGUUCAGGCUACUUGCGUUUAAAGCAGAUUCAACACUUGACAUCUUCCAUUGCUGCACCGCCAUCCCAAUUGGAGUAUGUUCAACGGUUACGUGUAUUGUUUAAUCAAUACGAUGAAGAUGGUGAUGGACAUCUAGUCGAGUUUGAAUUGAUUCAACUCUUAGCUGCUUGGCUGUGUAAACAUCCAUCUGAACUUCUUCCGUAUUCGGGUCUGAUCUUUCGAUAUAUGGACAAGAACAAAUUAGGGCGUGUACCCUUUUCAACGUGUUGUUUAAUGAUGCAGCAUGUGAAUCAUGAUCGUUUCUUCUCGUGUUUAUUAGGACUGUACGACCCAUUGAAUGGUGCGUACAAUGAAGAAAUUCGUCGAACAUGUGAUCCCAUUGAAUUGCAUCGGGUCUUGAGCGAAGUAUCGGAGGUACAACGUCAAAGUGCCAUGAGUCGAGCUUCGAUUAUGACGGAUGCUUCACGUCCGCGAGACUCAACGUUUUUUUACGUUGAAAGUUAA